AGCGAAUUGGCGUUGGUCAGCAUGCUAGGUUACGUGUUGGUCUUCUCAGUCUCUGAUAGUUGCAAGCGCCGCUUUUCUUCUCUUGAUCGCGAUGUCGUGCCUAAACCUAUGUGCUCUCCCCUAUACUGCACCAGAGCCACCUGCAGAACUUUUCCGCCACGUUGAGAGAGAGUCUGGACAUUCUGACACGGCAGCGUUCAAGGAGGGUCUAGACAACCGUGAUGUGUUCUUUGCAAAGCGCAAGUGUGUGAUUUGUGGGUCCAGGAAUCGGAUACUUUUAGAACGUUGUCAUAUCGUUGCUCGCUCGGACUGUCAUGUGUGGACGUUCCUCAGGAACAUAGGAUGGAUUCCAGAGGGUGCUAGGGAAGCGCCUGGGCAUGAGCCCCGCAAUGGGUUGACGAUGUGCCCAAACCAUAAUCGGUCAUUCGAACGUUGGCAGUUUUUCAUUCGCUUUCGACCAGAUAUCCAAAAAUAUAUCUUCAUCCACUACGAUAGCUACGCUGAGUCUCUAGAACUGGCACAGUUCCACGGCAAGGCCAUUGCCCUUGAUCCCAAAGACAAGCACUCGCCACUCCCUCUUCUAUUCCUUACCCACGAAUAUAUGGUCCGCGGGAGAAAUUUCCACCAACCAUCACCCAUCCCGGAGCCAACUAAUACUUGGCAGGAUUGGAUGGUCAAUUACGAUGUGGUAAACGAGGGAGACGAAGGUUCAUUCACUUUCAACCGCUCGGGCCCCCCAAGGCGCAAUUCUCCUAUCUACCAGUCUGCGAACCUGCAAGGGUUCGACACCGAUGCCUCACCUUCUGGUUCUCAAAAUGGAAUCAUGCCACCUACCCCUGACCUCGUCGCAGAAUUGAUGGCGUAUCAACUUACCAUGCCCAGUUGGAAGGCGUGGCAGACGGAGAGCAUGAGCUGGGAAGGGACGGCGGAAGAAAACAUAAAACAAUAUGUCGAGAAGGUGGGCGUCGAAGAACCUGAAGGAUUGAAUGGUUAAACCUAGACUCGUACCCUGGACGCGCAAAAUAAUAGCUUUUGCACGCAAACGUUCUCACGUUCUGGUGCUAUUCACGUUCUGUACUCAAUGC